AGCAAGCAAGCAAGCAUCCAAAUGUGAAAGAAUUGGCGCUCCCUCUCCCUCUCCCUCCCACUCUGAACAGAACUCAGCCAUCAAUCAUCGAUCAAAAUUACAUAGAACACAAAAAAGCACUGAAUUUGGAAACGACCCUCCCUUUCCCUAGAAUACCACAUCCGGGCUUUAAAUGCUCCUUCCCCCGCAGCUUCCUCCUUCACUCCCUCCAUAGUUUGCACCCGCCCAUUCCCGCUCUCUCUUCCUCCUUACUCGACCCUUCUCCCUUCUUCGACACCGGCCCCCCAAUCCUCCCCUCCCCUCCCCUCCCUUUUCCCUCUUCUCAGCUUCUGCCUUCCUCUUCAUCUUCCAUGAUUCGACCUCCCCAGAUCCAUGGAAGUAAGCCCAUCCGCCUCUUCUUUUGAUCCCUUCCUCUCCUUCGCUUUCUCUCCUCCUCUGCCCAGAUCCCUUCCCUCCAUGUUCCUGUCAGAUCCUUGCCCUUCUCUUCCGCCCCUCCCCCUUUAAUCCCCUCUACCCCUCCAAGUUAAAGGGUUCUGAUCGAAACCCGCCUCUCACGAUGAAGGGGUCCGGUAAAUUAUUCACCAUCGGCCUCGUCUCUGCCUGGUACUCCUCCAACAUUGGGGUCCUCUUGCUCAACAAAUACCUGCUCAGCAAUUAUGGCUUCAAGUACCCCAUCUUCCUCACCAUGUGCCACAUGACUGCUUGCUCCUUGUUCAGUUACAUUGCUAUAGCGUGGAUGAAGAUGGUGCCUAUGCAGACCAUUCGAUCCCGAGUCCAAUUCUUUAAGAUCUCAGCUCUCAGCCUCGUCUUCUGCGUCUCCGUUGUAUUUGGUAACAUAUCACUUCGUUACUUGCCUGUAUCCUUCAAUCAGGCUGUCGGGGCGACGACCCCAUUCUUCACUGCCGUUUUUGCUUACCUCAUGACCCUCAAGAGCGAGGCCUGGCUCACUUAUGUCACACUUAUUCCUGUUGUUACCGGGGUCGUCAUUGCUAGCGGGGGUGAACCAAGUUUCCAUUUAUUUGGAUUCAUAAUAUGUGUUGCAGCUACGGCUGCACGGGCCCUAAAAUCAGUGUUACAAGGAAUUUUGCUCUCUUCUGAAGGAGAGAAAUUGAACUCUAUGAACCUUCUUCUUUACAUGGCUCCGAUGGCCGUUGUCUUCCUUCUUCCAGCUACCCUUAUAAUGGAAGAAAAUGUGGUUGGCAUCACGGUGGCUCUUGCUAGAGAUGAUGUCAAGAUCGUUUGGUAUCUGCUAUUUAAUUCAGCACUUGCUUAUUUUGUCAACCUGACCAAUUUUUUGGUCACUAAACAUACAAGUGCUCUUACUCUUCAGGUGCUUGGGAACGCUAAAGGUGCUGUGGCGGUAGUGGUUUCUAUUAUGAUAUUUAGAAACCCAGUCUCAGUUACUGGAAUGCUCGGUUACUCCCUUACCGUCCUUGGAGUUAUACUUUACAGCGAAGCCAAAAAACGAAACAAGUGAUACUGAGAGACAACUGCAUCUUUUAUUCAUUACAACGCAGAUUCCAUUAGGCAGAUUUGUGCAUCAUACUGGUGACCACACUUCGGAGACUUCUGAUAUUUUUCCCAUCGCGGGGAAUGCCUCAUUUAACGGUUUCCCUUUGUAUUAUCUAUUGAUCAGAGAUAGCCCACAUAAGAAAGUUCCAAUAAGUGAUUCAUUUCUGUCUAUAUAACUACACUCCCAUGUUGGGAUUAUAGAGGAAUGCCACUUUUUCUCAUAUUCUUUGGGGACAGAGCUAUAGAAUUGGAUCUCGCAUCUGUUGUUAACAUAUAUUUCAUUGGAUUUGGCUAAUGAUGUAUUAUAAUUUUUUCCCGCGCAA